AUGCGUUUACUCUUCGGAGCUGCAUGUGCGGCACUUACAAGCACAUGCCUUGCUUCUCCAGGAUAUCUCAAAUUGGAUAUCGAAAGACGCACUCCCUCCGAACCUCGCCUCGUCCGCAGACAAAACUCGGACGGCAGCGUGGACACGGUGCUGACGCAGAACACGAACAAACUAGAAUAUUUGGUCAAUAUUACCUUGGGGACGCCUGCUCAGCACCUUGCUGUCACUCUCGACACCGGCUCUUCCGAUCUCUGGGUGCCGGCAGCGUCUGCCCCUCUCUGCAAGAAAGGCGGAUGCGACAACGGAGUUUUCGACCCGACCCUUUCAAGCACCUACACCGUCGUUGACCAAGAUGGAUUCAAUAUUACCUAUGCGGCGCCUGGAGAUAGUGAUGCUGGCGACUGGGCUACCGAUACCUUGAGUGUUGGCGGAUCUACCGCUAUCAAAAAACAGCAGAUUGGAGUGGCUUCAACGCUGUUUGACCCUCAUGGGGUCAUGGGCGUUGGCUUCGAUACCAAUGAAGCGAACAAUCCUAGUUCCGAAGGGGUGUAUCCGUCGGUGAUGGAUAACCUAAAGUCUACGGGCAUCAUCAAUCGACUCGCUUACAGCCUGUACCUGAACGAUCUCCAAGCAAACAAGGGGGCGGUCAUCUUUGGGGGUGUCGACACCACAAAGUACACGGGCGAUCUUGUUGCCCUCCCUCUGCAGGAAGGACCGGAGGGGAUUGUGUCUGAGUUCUAUGUCACCUUGACUAGUGUGUCUUUUACCGAUGAGACGGGGAAAACUACACAGCUAUCUCCUGACGGAUAUGCCCAGUCGGUCUUGCUCGAUUCAGGCACCAGUCAGACUCUUCUCACUGACGACGUCUUCAACGCUUUAGCCAACGGCUUUGGGGCAGUCGGCAUUGGUCAAGGAAGCUAUGUCGUUCCGUGCAGAUUCGCUAAAAUCAACGGAACGAUCAACUAUUCCUUCGGCGGCGACGGUGGCGUGACCAUCAAGGUGCCGGUAUCCCAAGUGGUGGGCAACCAGGACUUCACGGCGGAGAACUUUGCAGACGAGUCUGGAGGCUGCGACUUUGGCUUUGGACCCCCAAUUGGUGGGUUCAGUAUUUUUGGGGACACCUUCUUGCGAAGCGCGUAUGCAGUCUUUGAUAUCAGCAACAGCGUGGCUGCUCUGGCUCAGGCAGCAGAGAACAAAGCAGACACAUCCAGCAUCGUGGUGAUUCCCACUGGAACCACUAUCCCAGGGGCAACGGUGACAGCCACAGCUACCGGGACGCAGAUUCCAGAUGCCGAGGCAACAGAAGAACCUGCUGUUCCCUCAGCUAGCGUCCAGGGUACCAGCUUGGUCCUCGCUGGAACGCCGACCUUCAACAUUGGUGUCCAGUCCACGGCGAGUACAGCGGCGGCGGCGGCGUCGACAUCAUCAUCGGGGCGAGCAAAUGCAGCCGCACCCACAGCAGCACUUCUAGGGUUGGGUCUAGCAGCAGGAGCCAUGGUGCUGUAG